AUGAAGAACACUUCCACCUUACAACGUGGCAGGGCCUGUCUAUGCUGCCGGAAGAGGAAAAUGAAAUGCGACGGUCUGCGCCCUAUUUGCACACAAUGCCUGAAAGCCGACCGGGGUUCUGAAUGCCAGUACCAUGAGAAGCAGCAUAUAAGCCGGACGCAGAUUUUGCAACAGAAGGUCGCGAAGCUAGAGGCACGUCUCCGCGAGCUCGAAUCCGACCCAACGGGACCUUCUGGUGUUGCUUCUUCAUCAGCUGCGCCCACACUCGCCCCCGGUCCAAGCAACCGACAGGACGAUCAGGAUACAAUCUUCCUCUCCGCGCCCGCAAGCGUAUCUGCGAACUCCGAAUGGAAUCUCGAUCUGUCCAUCUUGGAUGAAUCGCCCUCGGCCGCGCCGCUGUCAUCGUCAUCGCCGUUAUUCGAUGUUCCCGGGAUAUGGCCGAAUAACACGAUCCAACUAUCUCCCCCAAUGGAAGGAUCGCCUGUGCAAUCUGCUGCGGGCGAUCCUUCCACAGCAUUACCAAAUUGGUGGGAGAGUGACUCGACCACGUUUUGUAACGACAAACGGAAACUGUGCUGCUCCUUCGACGUUCACGUCGGUCGACUACGGAGCUCGCUAGAGGACCCAUGCAUGCCCCGGCCUCAUCCAGCCCUUCUAGACGCCAUAUAUCUUCUAGGAUGCUACUUCUCAAGGUCGCCACAUCUGACUGAGUUGGAACCUUACUUCUUGAAACGAGCAUUGAAGGGCAUCUCUGUCGCUCUGCAUCAUCAGGACCGCGUGGUCCAUGUACUGCAAGCGUCCUGUCUGAUCUCAGUUUACUUCUACUGCCACGGCCGAAUACUCGAAGCAUACUACCAUUCAUCCACGUCUGCACGUUUAGCAAUCGACCUAGGUCUUCAUCAACUUCGGCCAAUCGACUUCGAGCUGGUGAUUCAAUCGCUAUCUGGCGGCCUCCAAGACUCGGCUAACCCUUCUGGUGCCAUCUUCCCUCUGCCUUGUCCUCAAGACACAAUCGAACAUGCAGAGCGUGUCGCUGCAUUCUGGCAGAUUUUUGUCGUGGACCGGGCAUGGUCCGUUGCGACAGGCCUUCCCUCAGCUCUUCCAGACGACGAUCAUCCACGCAUGCAAAUUGAGACCGCGUGGCCGAUGGGUGUUACAGCUGCUCCAUCAACUAGAUGGUGGAGAGUUUAG